UUAUACAAAAAAUGAGGGCAUUCAUUUUAUUGGUGCUAGUAUCUGUCGUCUGCACAGUCAACUCAAAAGAAAAAUCAAAAUUACGUUUUGAUGUCGAUAAGGAUGUACGAUUUGAUUUAUAUACACUGAACAAUCCAACCGUACCACAAAUACUUGAUUUAAACAAUAUAAAUACGAUCACAGAAUCAAAUUUUAAAAGUGAAGUUCCCACCAGAAUCAUUAUCCAUGGUUUCUUUUCCAAUGGACAGCUCACCAAAGUCUUGACUGACGCUUACUUUACAAAGAAACAAAUCGACGUCAAUUUAAUUGCUGUAAAUUGGGAAAUGGCUUCUCGCACAGUAAAUUAUGUUGCAGCAGCUGGAUAUGUUCCAAAAAUUGGCAUUCGCACCGCUGAAUUUAUUGAUUUCAUGGUGGCGAAUAAAUUCAUGAAUAUAACAGAGCUUACAGUGAUUGGCUUUUCGUUGGGCGCACACAUUAGUGGCAUUGCCGGUAAAAAUGUGCAAUUGGGAAAAAUUCCAAAAAUAGUAGGUCUGGACCCGGCUUUUCCAUUAUUCUCAUUGGAUAAGCCAGAUGAUCGCCUUGACAGUGAAGAUGCACUGUAUGUAGAAACGAUACAUACAAGUAAACUUGGUUUCUUUGAUCAACUUGGAAAGGUUAGCUUCUAUUGUAAUGGCGGACGCUCACAACCAGGUUGCACAUGGGAUGUGACGGGAAAAUGUUCACAUCGUACCGCAUAUUUGUAUUAUGCGCAGAGUAUUUACUCAGAACAACCGUUGAUGGGAUAUUUGUGUGACUCAUUAAAUGACAUAAAGGAUGGUCUCUGUAAAGAAAAUCAGCAGUCGACCAAAGCAGUUUUGGGCGGAGAACCUGGUGCAUUUGAACAGAAUUAUCAUACCAUUUAUCACAUUUUUAUUUCAAACAUUUCAAUUAAACCGUUCGUAUCGCGACAUUCAACUCUAAUUUGUUCUAAUUUUAAAUUCAACAAAGUCUUGGAACUUUUUAAAAUGGGACUUAUUCUUUUCUCUAACUUUUUAUUCGCCGUUAUAUUGACGAUAGCAAUUGCCAAACCUUUGGAAUCAAAUGAAUUGAUUUUAGUGCCAACAUAUGAUGGAAAAGUUACACGUGUUAAUAUAACAGAAGCAAUGACACAAGUGCAAACAUUCUUCGACGCGGAACAAGAAGUGACAUUUGAAUUGUUUACAUUAAAAAAUGCAAAUAAACUUCAAAUCCUUUCAUUAAAUAACAUAACGUCCAUCACUGCGUCUAACUUUAAUAAAAAAGUGCCAACGCGAUUUUUCAUUCAUGGUUGGCAAGAGCGGUUAUCCUUAAAAAAGGUCUUUGCGGAAGCUUACUUCAUGCAGGCCAAAGUCGAUGUAAAUUUAAUUUACGUGAAUUGGGAAAAAUCGUCGCAGACAAUCAAUUAUAUUGCAGCUCGUAAUCGAGUGGAGCCAAUUGGUGCGUAUGUGGCCACUAUGAUUGAUUUCCUAGUGAAUAAUGAAUUUGCCUCAAUCAACGAUAUCAACGUAAUUGGCUUUUCUUUGGGCGCACAUGCGGCUGGUAUUGCUGGAAAGUAUGUGCAGUCAGGAAAGUUGCCGAAAAUAGUGGGCUUGGACCCUGCUGGGCCCCUUUUUUCAUUGGAUAAACCAAAUGAACGACUUGAUCGUUUUGAUGCAAAAUAUGUUGAAGUUAUCCACACGAAUGGAGCGUUCCUUGGAUUCUACAAUCAAAUCGGAACAGUCAGCUUUUAUCCAAAUCAAGGACGAACACAAGUGGGAUGCCCGUUAGAUAUCACUGGUGUAUGUUCACAUUUGCGAGCAUAUAAAUACUUUGCUGAAAGUAUUUAUUCGCCGGUUUCAUUCUACGGCUAUCCGUGUAAGAGUAUGGAGGACAUGAAGAAAGGAGAUUGUAAGGGCGUUGGUUUGAAAAUGGGCGGAGAACCAGGCAACUAUAAAGCUGAGGCUGAAAUUUAUUACUUGUCUACGAACACAAAGUCAAUUUUUGCACGUGGUGGAUCGAGAGAUAUAUAAGACUUCGAAAUUCGAAUGGCUUAAACUUAAUUUGAUAAUUAGUUCAAAAUGUUGCAUGUGAAUGAAAAUGUUUUGCUUCCGGUUAUUUAACAAAAUUGAAUAA